AGAACAAGCCUUCACCCAAGGAGCUGGAGGAGCUGGAACUGCUGAACAGAGCCUUAGAGAAGGCAUUGAAAGUCAGGAAAAGCAUCUUGAAAACUCCAUUAGAGGCCCAGGGAGCUACAGGAGAGAAAUCUGCAGACCAUCCCACCUUGCAAAGAGAGUAUGAAAGCCUUCUAACCUUGGAGGGUUUGCAAAGCACAGUUUCCCAGUGCCUGCAUAAGCUGCAGCUCCUGCGAGCAGGUGUGGAGGCCCAGAGAAGGCUGCAUCCAGACUGUGCUGGGGACGGAGGAAGCUGCUCUCCAGCCUGUGUUCCUUCCAGAGGACAGAUGCGUGACAGUGCAAGCAUGCUGGCUGUGCCUCUCCUUUGUUACUCCAGUUUCCAGGAGCUGAGGGACCUGUUUGCCUUGAAGCUUCAAGUGUCAAUGCUGUACCAAGAAAUCGCCUUACAAAAGGUCAUGAUGGCAGAACUACUGCCUGUCCUGGAGGCCAGGCCCUGCCUGGAGACCUCUGCAGCGCAGCUCUAUCGGGCCAUGUACACGCAGCUCUGUGAGGGAGGCAAGAGAUUUCCUGUGCUGGUGCGGGACGAGCUGGCAGACUGA